GCUCGUUCGAACGCGGCUCGCUCUGCUGGUCCCGAGGAAGAAUCAUGGCGGCCAAGUCCGACUCCUCGUCCACGGCGCACAACCCCAGGAGCUCCGUCGCCGAGCACACGCUGCAGUCAGCCACGGUCGACGAACCUGCGUCCCGGUACCUUUGCGGCAAAGGGACCAUCCACUUCUGGAAGAACUUCAUGUUCGAGCCAGAGGGCCGCCCUUACAUCCGGGUGACCCACGACAUCAGCAUCGAGGAGGUGCUGACCAUCUUCACCCGCGAGUGGAAGUUCACGCUUCCCCGCAUCGUGCUCGUGGUCAUAUCGAGCCUGGCCACUUGGCAGGAGUGGAGCGCCCCGAGGCAGCUAGAGAACCUCAAGGAGGGACUCAUCAAGGCGGCAAACACGACCGCCAUGUGGAUCCUGACGAACGGCAUCAACACGGGCAUCGCCAAGGACAUCGGCUCGUGGGUGAACGAGGAGCUGGUGCAGCGGCUCAUCAUGCGCUGCCACCGGCACCCGCACACCGACUUCGAGAAGUUGCCGCCACUUUGCCUGCUGGGCAUCGUGCGCGAGGACCUCCUCACCUGCGCCGACAAGUUCGAGGCCAGCAAGGAGGGAUCUAUAUACAUCGAAAAUUCGGGAAGCCGGCCCGAGGAGAAUAGAUUCGACCUGAAUCCGGACCACACGCACUUCAUCAUAGUAAAGGACGACACGGUGAACAAGACCGGUUUGAACUACUUCAUGCUCAAGCUCGAGCAGCAGUUGUCGAUGACGCCAGAAGAAGAUGGUGGUCAGUAUCGAUUCGAGAUGUAUAAAAAUAAAAGUAUAUUCAGUGAUCAGUGCGUGCAUCCUUCCGGUACAGUCGUGAUGCCCCAGAGCAUGAGCACUGGGGGUCCUCCCCCUCCUCACCCGUCGACGCUGUACUCGGCCGAGAUCCCCCUGAUAGCGCUCGUGUGCCAGGGUGGAACCGGCUGCAACAAGAUGGUCCUCGAGCACCUCAAGAAGCAGCUGCCCGUGCUGGUCAUACACGGCAGCGGGGGUGUAGCCGACCUGCUAGCGCUCGCCUACAACGAGAUCGACAGGCGUGGUGCUACCCUUUGGGAUCCGGAGUUCAUCGAGACUGUGUUAAAACCCGAAAUAAGCUCGCGGAUUUGCCAGAUGUUCCCCAAGUUCCGAGACAACGCGCUCUCAAGGAACGUCUUCAAGGAUAGAAUCAUUGAGUGCCUACGCCUAGCAUGCCAGACUCAGGAACAAAUGUACUUUACUGUGAUUAAUAUUCACCAUCACCAUAAUAACCUGAAGCAUCUCGACGACAUCCUGCUCAAAGCCGUGUUCAAGUCCCAAGUACGGCAUCAUCAUGCUCAUCAAAUGAAGAAAGACCUGCUGUUGACAUUGGACUGGAAUUGCCCGCAUGUCGCCAUGACUAAGGUUUUCUCAAAGGACUUCGCUCAGCAGUACCAGAUCGACCGGGAAGAGUUCGAGUACGCUCUGCUGCGACCAAAGCGAGAAGAAUUUCUGCAUAUCUUCCUGAACCGAGGCUUCCAAGUGAACAAAUACUUGUCACCCAAAAGGCUUCGUCAGCUCUUCUCGAAAAUUCAGCACGAAGAGUUCUUUCGUUCUGUUUGCUGGGAAGGAGCCCUUGGACACAGCAUGCUGUCUAAAAUUGGCAAGAACUUCAUCGAGGGAGACCUGAACUGGUUGAUAGAGACGACGACUGGGAUGCGCGACUUCAUUGACCCCGAUGAGCUAUCGAUGAACACCGCACUUGGAAUGUACAUCCAGGACGCGGCCUCAGCCGAGCGCAAGGCCCUGGUCAUUCUCUGCCUGUGGGCAGUUUUCACGAACCGGCGGAAGACGGCCGAGGUGCUGUGGAAGAACUGUGACCAGCCCAUCCACCUGGCCCUGCUUAUCUCCAUGACGUACGAGAAGCUCACCAUGUACGUCAACGAGGGCACUAUCAAGCACGAGCUCCUCGACACCAGCAGGUAUUUCGCGGGUAUGGCUACCGGCGUGCUUAACCUGUGCUACCUGGACUCGACUUGCCGCGCCUACGACAUCCUGAGCGUGCAGAGCUUGGACUGGAAGUACAAGACGGCCGUCGACAUCGCCGCUGAGGCCAAGAACCGCAAGUUCCUCUCGCACCCGUGCUGCCAGAAAUGGCUGACCAACCAGUUCCUCGGCAGGAUCAGCGUCCGCGACAUAACGUGGGGAUUCUUCAGCGUCCCGCUGUGGCUGAAGGUGAUUCUCUGCGCAUUCACCAUCUUGCCCAUGUACAUCUGGGUACGCUUCAAGAGUGACCCCCACCAGAUGGAUUACGGCGAAGAUGAAGAAGGUGAUAAAGACUACAGCUCCAAGAACGUCACAGAAAAUGUGUAA